GCAGUUUAUCCAGCCUCAACAGAUUUUCCAGGAAGGUUCUUUGGCUAAAGGUGGGCACUUCCAACCACAAGCAAAGCUUUAUGGAAAGAUACUUCUAUGAGACUGUUCAAGAACAGGGUGUUUGUGCCUUUAGGCUGUCCUCAGAUGAUUCGGAGGGACAGAGGAAAGGAGAACCUUGUUGCAGGUGGCAUUUCACAUGCAAGAUCUAUAGAGAGAAGGCAUGGAGGUGCUUCAGAAUGGGGACAUCAGUGCACAACCACGUCUGUAUUUAAGCUGACCCACAGCCUGACAAACCUCCAGAGACCGAUGGGCUCAGGGACCUUUACACCACCACAAGCUGCUUUGAGCUAAUCACAGCAGUGCUGUGUUUGAGGUCAGCGUUUCAGUGGGACAUGAGCAUUUGGCUAUAAGAUGACCUGAGAAAAGACUGAGUUUUUCCUGACGUUAAACCAGCGCUGCAGGUGAAGCCAGAGCCAUGUUGGAGGCACCGCUGAGCAGAAACUUCUCCCACAGCACAUUUGUGUUACGAGGGUUUCCCUCGCUGCAGAAACACCGCCGGCUGCUGGCGCUGCCAUUUAGCGCCUCCUACCUGUUGGUGCUGCUCGGAAACUCGCUGCUGGUGUACGUCAUCCGCAGCGUGGAGAGUCUGCACAGCCCCAUGUACCUCCUCAUUUGCACGCUCUGCUUUGUUGACAUGCUGGUUGUGACAACCAUCAUCCCCAACAUGCUCCUUGGCUUUUUGUUCAACUGGAAUGAGAUUUCAUUGGUCGGCUGCUUGACUCAAAUGUUCUUCACUCAUUUCAUGUCCUCAGUGGAGUCAACCCUGUUGCUGGCAAUGGCGCUGGACCGCUACGUCGCCAUCUGCCGGCCACUGCACUACAAUGAAAUAAUUAACUCCUCCAUGCUGGUGAGGCUAGUGCUCUUCACGCUGGUGCGCAGCGUCUCCAUCAUGGCGACGCUCGUAGGUUUGGCAGGUUCUCUGCAGUUCUGUGGUUCCAACGUAAUCCAGCACUGCUACUGCGACCACAUGGCGCUGGUCAGCCUGGCAUGUGACAGCACAAGCAGGAGCGGUGCAGCUGGCCUUGCUGUCAUCAUCUGCUUUGUAGGACUUGACAUACCAAUUAUUUUCUUCUCUUAUAUGAAGAUACUGAGCGUGGUCUUGCGAUCAGCGGCAGCCGGUGAAGACCGCAGGAAAGCUUUUCACACCUGCAGCACUCACCUCAUUGUUAUGAUGUGUUUUUACCUGGUGGGCAGCAUCACCUUCCUCUCUCACAACCUGAACAUCGCCAUACCAACAGACAUCAACAAUUCCAUGGGACUCAUGUACAUCCUUUUCCCAGCAACAAUCAACCCUAUCAUCUACGGAGUACGAACCAAAGAAAUCCGUAAUGGCUUUCUGAGAAUUUUCAAAAACAGAGCGAAGAAAAUAAUGACUGUGAAGGUUUCAUCUGCUGGAAAAGGAAAAUCAUAAAGCCCCUCUUCUGUGGGGUUCGGUUUAUAUGAACUUUUUGAACCUUUUUUAUACAAACAUACUUUUUUUCUACAACUAAUACCUGUAGUUUCUCUGAAGUGGAAACAGAACCUUGGAACCAUCCCAGAGUUUCAGAUUAUAGAUGGCAGCUUUGAAACUGGGUCCUGCUCAUUUGCACCAAAUUUUUGCUUCUUGGAGUUCCUGGGCGCUGGAAAGUCUGGGAAAUCUGUUGUCCAGGUGGGGUAUCUCAGUUUUUAAUGUGGGCAAUAAUAGUGGUGGGGAGGUAGGGCUUCCUGGAGCCCAAGUGUUGUUCUGUUACUGGACUUCUGUGCUGUUGGUCUAUAAUGAACACUGGUUAAUUUUGUCUUUUUUUACUACAUGCAAUGGCCAACUCACCUGUGGAUUAAGGAGGAUGUCAGACAGCCAUGAAAAAUAAAAUUGUGCUGGGAGGAUCUGGGAUGGGCCGUAGAGUGGAGAUCUUUAUCUCCUGCAGAACUUUUGCAGCAUUAUUCUGAUGGGGGCCGGGGACAUCGAGUCUGAAUGGACCACAUUCAACACCGCCACUGCUGAUGUGACUGAAUGAGGCUAUGGCUGUAAAGUGUUUAGGGCACGUCAUGGCAGAGGCCCACCAGUAAACACUGGAAGUAAAGGGAAAUGUGAUGAUGUAGGAGUACACCUAUCAGGGAUAAAGGGCUUAUGGGACAGUUGGCAUGUUUAGGCAGAGUACGACUGUGACAUGAAAAAAGAGUGGGAGGUUUUCAGGGAUGCCUACUGAGUGAAGUAUUUUGGUCUCUCAGCUGGAGGAGGUGAUGCUCUGGGUAGCUUUGCUUAGACUGCUGCUCUUGUGACCCAAGCGCAGAUAUGCAGCAGAAAAAUCAAACUGUGACUGCAAUGUAUACGUCAGUCUGAAAACUUCCUGCAAGACAUUUUGUCUGAAGUCUAACUGUUGGUGAAUGCUCGGGAUUCAGACAUGCUGUCAAAGGCGUUUGCAGUUUGGUGAAUCUCUAUAAAGCUAUUCUAAAAGGCAGCUCUACAAGGAACGCAUUCAUUCUUAUUUCCUUAAAAAACAUGAGCAUGAGUACCGUAUUUUCAGCACUAUAAGUUGCACUUAAAAUGCUUUAAUUGUCUCAAAAAUCGACAGUGCGCCUUAUGUAUGAAUUCUGGUUGUGCUCACUGACCUUGAACUGAUUUUAUGUGGCACACGGCGCUCAAAAAUCUGUCAAAAAUGUUUUAGAACGACUU